GAAGUAAAGUCCUAACACGUGGGAGGACCGCAUAUUUUUCCAAGGCUCAACACAGUUAUGGGCACCCUUCGAGGAGUUUGGAAACAAUUGUAGGGGAAUAUAAUUAAGCUCAAAAUCACGGAAUAUCUAUCAUGGAAGAUGAGAUGGGUUCUGGUAAUAGAGAAAGAGAUUUGAACGGCACAAGUACAGAAGUCCAAGCUUUAGAUGCAGGCGCCCUCUUUGUCUUAGAAUCAAAAGGAACAUGGAUUCAUGCUGGCUUUCAUUUAACAACCUCCGUAGUGUCCCCUGCACUUCUGAGUUUGCCGUUUGCUUUUGCCUCUCUUGGAUGGGCUGGAGGAGUAAUAUGCCUUACUAUUGAUGCACUCGUCACUUUCUAUUCAUAUAAUCUCCUUUCCCUCGUGCUUGAGCAUUUGGAAUUGCACGGAAACAGAAAAUUGAGGUUCAGAGAUGUUAGCUAUCAUGUUAUGGGACCCAAGUGGGCUAAGUUCCUUGUAGGACCUAUACAGUUUGCAGUAUGCUGCGGAGCUGUUAUAGCGUGCACGCUGAUCGGCGGGCAGACUCUUAAGUUUAUAUACACUAUUUAUCAUCCACAUGGAGAAAUGAAGCUAUAUAAAUUUAUCAUUUUCUUUGGAGGGUUGAUGUUGAUUCUGGCUCAGAUGCCUUCCUUUCAUUCUCUGAGACACAAUAAUCUCGUGUCCUAUGUUCUGUGCUUUGCUUACAGUAUCUGUGCAGUGAUCGGUUCCAUUCAUGCAGGCAAUUCAAAAGAAGAUUCUGAGAAAGAUUAUUCUUUGGUUGGUAGCACACCAACCAAAAUAUUUGGAGCUUUGAAUUCUUUCUCAAUCAUCGCUACCACUUUUGGGAAUGGAAUCAUUCCAGAAAUUCAAGCAACUCUGGUGCCUCCUGUAUCAGAUAAGAUGUUCAAAGGAUUGUCUAUAUGUUAUGUUGUGGUGGUGUCCACAUUCUACUCUGUGGCAAUCUCAGGCUACUGGGCAUUUGGCAACAAGGCAGAUGGAACUGUCUUUAGCAAUUUCGUCCAAUCUGCGGGGCCUCCGUUUCUUCCUAAAUGGUUUCUAGUUAUCGCAAACUUGUUGGUGCUUCCCCAAGUAUCUGCAGUUGGAAUGGUCUAUUUCCAACCAGUAUUCGAAGUACUGGAAGGAAUAUCUGGAGAUGUGAAACAGGGUAGGUUUUCUCUACGAAAUCUGGUACCCAGAUUGAUUUUAAGGACAUCAGCAGUAGUGAUCGUCACACUUUUGGCUGCAAUGCUACCUUUCUUCGGGGAUGUUAAUGCGUUGAUUGGGGCUUUUGGGUUCAUGCCAUUGGAUUUUGUCUUACCUAUGGUCUGCUUCAACCUGACUUUCAAGCCUUCUAAAAGAAGUAUAAUAUUCUGGGUCAAUAUCAUUAUUUCUGCAGUAUAUUCUAUCAUGGCCCUUUUGGGAUGUAUUGCAGCUAUUCGUCAAAUCUUCCUAGAUGUCAGCAAUUAUAAACUCUUUGCAAAUGUAUAAUUUAUAACAAUUAUUCUUUCUUAGAAAUUGAUUUAAUCUCUGCCACAAAAAAUACAAAAAAAAAUUACAGCUCUUUUGCCCUUUGUCAAAACUCGUUGCAUCAAGAAUAUAAUUAGAUCAAAGGAUCACCAAAACACGUGCAGACUUCAGUUGCAUGUCAAAUGCCACAUUUUAUUAAUGGGAAAGCCGUAAGUUGCAGCGGAAGUUUUGACGUCACGUUCUGCAACACCGCAGCACAGAUACACAGAAUUACCUUAAGUUGCGCUAACUAUGAUUUACAUGUAUUUGAACUCUGUGGAAUGCAAUCCAACCUCUCUCGAUUGAAUCUGGGCCACAAUUAGAAAA